GCAGCUUUCACGUCUCCUCAUGGGGCUUCCACUACUGCUCGCCCUUCUCGUCGCAGCAGAAGCCGCUGCCGACCCGGCCACCGGCGGCAGCCUCAGCCUGGCGCGCUACACCCGCGUCUUCGCAUUCGGCAACUCGCUCACAGACACUGGGAAUGCCGCCAUCUUCCCGGCCACGGCGAAGGGUCCAUCCACCCGGCCGCCGUACGGGCAGACCUACUUCGGUCAUCCCAGCGGCAGGGCCUCCGACGGCCGACUCAUCAUCGACUUCCUCGUAGAAGAACUGGAGGUGCCACUGCCGACGCCGUACCUCGCCGGCAGGACGGCUGCUGACUUUCUUGAUGGCGCGAACUUUGCGCUGGGCGGUGCGACGGCGCUCGACCCGGCGUUCUUGGCGAGCCGAGGGAUAACGUCGGUCGUGCCAAUUUCUCUCGGCAAUGAGACAAGCUGGUUUGUGAAUGUUCUGCAGCUACUAAACUCCUCAGGCUACGAUCAACGCAAGAUCACGGCGAGGUCGCUCUUCUUCGUCGGUGAGAUCGGAGUCAACGACUACUUCCUCGCCCUCAUGAGCAAGUCCGCCGAUGUCGCGGAGAGCCUCGUGCCACACAUCAUCGGCACCAUCCGCUCAGCCCUGACUGCCAUGAUCGGCGCCGGAGCGAGGACGGUGGUCGUCACGGGGAUGCUACCGCUCGGUUGCGAGCCCAAGCUGCUCGCCAUGUUCCCAGGUGGCCCCGGCGACUACGACCCCGUGUCCGGUUGCGACGCCCGGUUCAACAGGAUCGCAGUCCAGCACAACCGCGCGCUCAAGCGCAUGCUCUGGGAGCUCCGGCUCCGCCACCCCCGCAGGUCCUUCCUCUACGCCGACGUGUACCGCUCCGUCGCUAGAGCCGUCGCAUCGCCGGCGAGGUACGGUUUCGGGAGCAAGCCGCUGGCCGCAUGCUGUGGGGGCGGCGGCGGGCCGUACAACUUCAACUACACGGCGUUCUGCGGCACCCCGAAGUCGACGACGUGCGCCGACCCGUCCGAGUACAUCUCGUGGGAUGGGAUCCACCUCACCGAGGCAGCCCACGAGUUCAUCGCACACGCCAUGCUAGGGGAAGUGCUGUCCGUGGUGGAGACAGGAUCCCGACAAGCCUGAGGACGGAAGGCUAACAUACGUACAACGCAUCAGGAUCACAGCUUGUUCAAUUGAUACAUUAAAAUACAUAAUUUCGUGGCAAAUAUAGAGCGGUAAUGUAAACAGGGUUAAGGACAGCAUCAAAACGUUGGGAUCAUAUAUUUUGCUCUGCGUUAGCACUGAGACGUUUAGUUCCCUUGACAUUUGUUUUGUAGCUUUAUCCUUCUCAAUCUCCCGUAGAGUCUUCAAGAUCUCGUCAGUCACCUCAUCGAUAUUAUCCAUCAUUAAACUAUGAUAAU